AUGGAUGACCAAAGCUCUGGAUCGGUCAGAAUCGAGAAGCUGACCGCAUCUAACUUUUACAUCUGGAAGCAGAAAAUCCAGCUACUGCUUGCUCUCCGAGAUGUCGAUCAAUACGUUUUUGAUGAUAUCCCGGAGAAUGCCACCUCAGAUGACCGGAGAAAAUGGAUCCGUGGUGACGCAAAAGCAAAGGCAGUCAUCGGACUCACGCUUUCUGAUGACUACUUGCAACAUGUGCGAGGGUGUAGCAGUGCGAAAGAGACAUGGGAAGCAAUUCUGAAUGUGUUUGAGCGUCAUACUUUGCUCAACAAACUUGCCGCCCGUCGCGACUUUUACACUGUAUCCAUGCUCCCAUCCGAGAAAGUGCUCGUGUUCAUCAAUCGUGUGAAGCAACUUGCUGCCAGAUUGCAGUCAAUGAGUGUUGAGAUUGACGAUAAAGAAAUUGCAAUGGCUGUGUUGAAUGGCUUGCCUCCACGAUUCGAUAACUUGAUUGUUGCUCUUGACGCACUUGGCAAUGAAGAUAAAGUGUUUGGACUCGAGUGUGUGAAGAGUCGUCUGCUGCAAGAAGAGCAACGAGAAAGCAUGAAGACCGCUUCUGCUUCAUCACCACAUCUACCUGCACUUGUCAAUCGUAUGCCUAUUCGACGCGAUAUGAAAUUGAACGCAGGGUCAUGGCUUGUGGAUUCCGGUUGCAGUGCCCACAUUACAUUUGAUCGCUCUUUGUUCGUUACUUAUGAACAGAUGCAAUCUGGAUCAGUCGAGAUGGGCACGAAGGCUAGAGCCAAUGUCGCUGGUCGUGGUGAGGUAGAAUUCAUGUUGAACGUCAAUGGUAGUCCACAUCCUUGCAAAUUGUCCAACGUUUUGCAUGUCCCUGAUUUCGGAUACUCGCUUCUGUCUGUUAGCCAAAUCGUUUCAAAGGGCUUGCAAGUGUCAUUUGAAAAUGAGAAAUGCCUCGUUACUGCAGGACCAACUCUAGUUGCCACAGCUAGUCAAGUUGGGGAUUUAUUCAUACUUGAUGUCAUGAAUGAAACUUUCUCUGCUCACGUAGUUACCUUGCAGACGCUACAUGAACGAAUGGCCCAUGUUAACGUACAAGGAAUCGCAUCAAUGAUUCACAAUAAUGUGGUAAGUGGCAUCAAUUCUGACAAUCACUCUCUCGUUUGUCCUGCGUGUGUGUUCGGCAAAGCAACGCGAUCAGUAAUCCCGAAACAGCGAUCAUCGUCUCGAGCACAGAACUGUCUUGACUUGGUACAUUCUGACGUUUGCGGUCCGCUCGAAGUACAGUCCAUUGGUGGUUCGAGAUACUUCAUUACAUUUGUAGAUGAUCACUCGAACUGGGUUGUUGUGUACACGAUGCAAAAUAAAUCUGAGGCCUUUGCAAAAUACAAGUUGUAUGAACAGUUUGCCCAAACGCACACUGGUCGCAAAGUGAAGGUGCUUCGCACUGAUCGAGGGGGAGAGUACUUGUCGACAGAAUUCAAGUCAUAUUUGGAUUCAAACGGUACACAGCACCAGCUCACCACUGCCUACACACCUGAGCAAAACGGUGUUGCUGAACGUUUAAAUCGAACCUUGAUUGAUCUUGUCCGUUCCAUGCUUUCUCAUAAACAGGUCAGUAAACGAUUCUGGGCAGAGGCUCUUGCCACUGCAGUAUAUGUACGCAAUCGAGUUACUUCACGGGCUUUGCCAGUUAACACGACUCCCCAUCACAUUUGGAUGAAGUCAACUCCAAAUGUUGGCCAUUUGAGAGUAUUUGGGUCAAAGUGUUGGUAUACAUUACCGAAAUUAGAGCUCCGUAAUAAUGGUAGGUUCGGAGGGGCAAGGGAAAGAAGGAAGGCAGGUUGA